UCCUGUGGGCCGGUGGUGUUGUUCUGGGUCUGGUUUGAGUCGUGAGCUGCAGGGGGUUGAGUCACAGGAUUACUGAAGCUGCGCUCAGAUGUCUUAACAGACGUCUUCAGACGAGCAGCAGCUGCAGUGCUCUCCAUAUGAUCCUUCAGUCUCUUUACACUUUUUCUGCAGGAUGAAGAGUAUGAGGAAAAAACAGAUUUUAAUUCUUCUCAUCGCACUGUGCAUGUCUAUGGCUCAAUCUGACUUUGCACCGUAUUUCUAUGAUAAUGGAGCUGGAAGCAGCAACGGAAACAUGGCGUUAUUCAGCAUCUCUGAAGACACAUCCAUUGGGACUCAUGUUUACACACUGAACGGCUCUGACCCCGAAGGUGAGCCGGUGACCUACGGCAUGACCUUUGACAAGGGCUCCAAAGAGUACUUCAGCGUCGAGCCCAAAUCAGGGAAUGUGACUCUCAUCCAAACACUGGACAGAGAGGUUCAGGAUGAGAUCAUUGCAUUUGUGACCAUCACAGAUGGGAGGAAUAAGGUUGUAGAAAAUGUUCGAGUGUUCAUCACAGAUGCUAAUGAUGAAAAGCCUGAGUUUCUGAAUCUGCCGCUCAUAGUGGACGUCCCCGAGGAUAAAGCUUCAGGCAGCAGCAUCUACAGAGUCCAGGCCGUCGACAGAGACCUCGGGUCCGGAGGAAGUGUCAGCUACUACCUGCAGUCAAUGCCCAGCACUAAGUUCACCAUCGACGGUCACAGUGGAGUCCUGCGCAUCAGAUCCGGAGAAUCGCUGGACUACGAACUCUCCAGGACUCAUUUUGUCACUGUGGUAGCAAAGGAUGGCGGGGGUAAAUAUCAUGGAAAAUACCAGGUCAUGACCUCCACAGCCAUCAUAACCAUCAAUGUCCUCGAUACCCAGGAUUCUCCUCCAGUGUUUGUUGGUACUCCAUAUUUUGGAUUUGUCUAUGAAGUCUCUGUACCAGGUUCAGAGAUAUUCACUGUUUUUGCCAAAGACGGGGACCAGAACAACCCCAACGCCAUGCAUUACUCCAUUCUGAGCGGCAGUGAUGGCUUCUUCAGCAUCAACAGCUCGAGCGGCUGUAUCAGCUUGACAUCAUUUCCUGUACAGCUGAGGAACGAGUUAUAUGAUGAAGGUCAUUUUCUGACAUUUAAAUAUGAUGUUUACUUACUUAUUUGUUUAAACUAUGCAAAGUCUGAUGCAAACGUGCACAAGUUCAGAUGUGAUUUCACAUGCAUCUCUGUGUGGCAUGUGCCUAAAGCUGUAUUUCAGCUUCUUUUUUGGGGAGAAAAAGACUAUGAAGUCAGUGUCAUAAGACUGAGGACACAUGGUGAUGCAGAGCUGUUAGACGGUCGGUCAGCACGUGUCCUGCUGAGCGUGCAGCUGUGCUUUACUGAUGUGUCAGUGGAUCUGUGGCUGUUUUAA